AUGAAUAAAUUUAUAUCUUUGGCAUUUUUUGCCUAUAUUCUCUUAUCCCUCAUUGCUGUUUCUGCAGCUUUAACAACUGAUGAAAGUACUCUUGAAAAACGAACCUCUUGUUUAUCCAAGAGAGGUGUUUUGGGUAAAAGAACGGACAGUAAGUGCCCCUGCGCUCUCGCCGAAGCAGUUUUUGAAGGUGCAGUUGGAGGUUUAACAGUCUAUGCUCAGGACGAAUGUGGUUUUACGACCGUCACAGGAUUGUUCAGCAAAGGUUUCCAAGAUACAAACAAAAACUUUACUUUCCAAGUCGUUGAUGAUUGUGGAACUGUCCUCCAGGAUCUCACAGAAGGAUUAAAAGUACAACCCUCCGGCGAUGGCGGAACAAAGUCAUUCAGAAAUCUUUUUGAAAAUUUCAGUCUAAACUGUGGCAAUACGGGUAUCCUCGUGCCACAAAAUGGAUUAACCAAACGCACUUGCUCCCGAAAACUUAAAAAACGACAAGGUAGUGGUGCUUAUAUGCGUAUUAAUGAAGGUGGCGAUAGUUAUGCUCAAGCGGAUAUAAACGAAAUUUAA